AUGGCGUACGCCGUGGCGUGCACGCGUCUGUCAUGUUUGCCGAUUUCCUCGCGCCCGGCCAGGGCCGGUAAGCACGUGGCAUGCGCAACAUCCUCCCGUGAUGAAGAGGUCGCCAAACCCGCAGAAGUUCGCGUGCGACUCCCAUGGACAGGGGACAUUGGCCCGCGGGAGAUUAAGCUAUUGGCCGACGCCUUCACCGACCCCAAACUGCUGAGUUCGGUCCCCAGCAUCGGGGGCUAUAUGCUCCGCAACGGCACGGCAGCGUUACGACAUCAGGCUUCGAUCCUUCGCGGAGGACCGGGCGGGAAGGUAGGCGGCGGGUCGGCGACCUACCCCAGCAGCUGGUCGGGUCCUUUCGCGUUCGCCAACGAGCUCAUCGCUGGUUUCCUAGAGGCCGUCAGCGCGUCGAAUGAGCUGGAGAGGUACCGAUCUCGCACGAGGGGCGAGGGAGAGGAGGAAGCACUUCGGCGCGUGGGUGAGUACGUUCGCGGCCUUCGAGGUCUCAUGGCUGUGGGAAUCGCCCCUAUGCCCGGAACGAAGGUGCAGAGCAUCGAAAUCGACGGGAGAAGCGCAGUCUGGCUGACUCCCGAUGGCAAGAGUUGGGAUCACCCUGACGCUCCGCGGAGGACCGUGAUGUGGAUGCACGGAGGCGCUUUCAUCCUUUGCAGCACGAACACGCACGCCAGGCUGCUGUCAUCUCUGGGUAUUGCGGCGGGAGCAAAGGUACUGUCUGUCGAAUACCCGCUUGCACCAGACGAGGGCAGAUAUGAGGAGAUGCUCUCCCAUGUAGUGGAGGCUUAUCAGUGGCUUACGAGUCCAAGCGGAGGGGGUGUCGACCCCGGGUCUAUUGUCGUCGGAGGAGAUAGUGCCGGCGGACAUUUAGCGGUUGGCCUGGUUCAGCGAUUGAUGAGCAGCGAGGUUGCCAAAGGGCCUGCAGGAGUCGUCUUGAUGUCGCCGUGGCUCGACCCAGGCCGAGACGAUCCAGCCACGGAGGACGCUUGGAACAGUGCGAGGGACACAAGCUGUUGUUAUCUCAGAGGCGUGAAAGAUUCCUUAAAGGUUGUGCACGACCUGGUGUUUGAGCGCGUGAUGGAAGAAGAGGAGGAAAACGAGCUAGCCUUUUCGUACCUGCCACCGAGGAAUAUGCUUAGGAGGGAACUCUGGGAUGGCGAGCGAGCCUCCCGAUGCCCCCCGAUGCUUGUGCAAUAUGGCGGGGCCGAGGUUCUGGCCGCAGAAAGCAGGAACUUUGUGCGAAUCGCAUCGGAAAGCGGGAUAGAAGUGACGUCGCAAGAGUUUAAAGACCUUCCGCACGUGUUCCAGGUGUUCGAUGCAUUGGAAGCUGAGGGGGAAAGGGCAAUUCAAUCCGCGGGAGCGUUCGUGUCAGACGUUUGCAAGACUAGCUAA